AUGGUGCACCAGGAGGCGGCAGGCGGGCAGCAGGAGCGUCGCCUCCUGGACCUGGCGGCACUCAAGCUAGAGCAGGAGCUUUCAGAGGCGUACACCACGCCGCGCAACUAUGGCUGGCUGGGCGAGCACCAGGACGAGGCCGCGGAGCUGGCGGCGUUGCUGCACGAGGCGGCGCCCAAGCUGGCGCUGGCCAGCCUGCGCGCGCCGGUGGCGGGUGCUCGCCCCCUGCCCAAGGCCCGAUCCUACGAGGUCUCUGACACGAUCAAGGACCGCUUGCGCGCCGCGGAGCCCAUGCCCACAGGCCCCGGCCAGGUGCCCUGGUCCCGCCUCUGCGCCUCCAUCUCCAGCGAGCUGCUCAAGUUUGACGAGGGCGCGGAUGCGGCGGCGGCGGCGGCGCGGGCGGCGGCGCGCAGCCCCGCCGCGCCGCUGGCAGAUGUGCUUGAGAUCAACUCGGGCGGCCGCGUCUUCUUCUGCCUCUUUGACGCCGCCUCCCCCGCCCCCACGCCGCCCUCCUCGCUGCGAAACUCGCCGGAGCGCGACCUGGAGCGAUACAUGGGGCGGGCGGCUGCCAGCGCCAACGGCGGCGCCCAGGGGCAGGGCCAGGGUGAUCCAGCGGGGCAGGAGGAUGGGGAGGACAUCUGGCGGCAGCUGGCCCGGGAGCCGCCCCUGCUGGCACGCGGCGGCUGCGGCGGCGGCAGCCCCUACCUGCCCGCCGACGGCUUGCUGGUUGUGGAGGAGGGGGCGGAGGAGGGGCCCCGCAGCCGCGGCGGCGACGACGGCUACGCCGCCGCCGCCGAGCGCCAGCUGCAGGAGCUGCAGGCGGCGGCGGUGGCGGGGCAGGCGGCCGUGCCCGACAGCAGCAGCAGCGGCAGCAGCAGCCCCGCCUCCAGCGGCAGCGAGGCGGGAGGCAACCAGUUCAGCGGCAUCUUAGAGCGAUCCAAGGCCAGCUUCACGUUUGCCACAGCCGUCGGCAGCGGCCCGGCGGCAGACGCAGCAGCAGCAGCAGCGGCCGCAGCAGCAGCCGCGGGCGGGGGCGAGGUGCCGCCGACGCCGCGGCGGCUGCGCCGCUCGGGCACCGGCGGGCUGCAGCAGUCGUGCCUGGUGCUCAAGUUUGUGUCCUCCCGCCUGCUGUGCCAGAGCGAGCAGUUUGCGUCGGAGCUCACGAGGCACGUCGGGCUGUGCGCCCCAGACAGCCGCAUCCUGAGAUCAAAGGGCACGACGGAAGCCGAGUGGCAGGAGGCGUUUGCGGCGGCGGCCGCGCUGCGCGACCGCUUCCCCGACCUUCAUGAGGAAAUGGGGCGCAACAGCUGCUUCCUGGUCAUGGAGUUUGUGCCCGGCUGCUGCCUGUUCAGGAGCGGGCAGGCGUUCCGCGGCAGCCACCUGGCGCAGACGGCGCAGGACCUGGGCCGCUUGUUCACGCUGGACAUGCUGCUGGGCAACCCAGACCGCCUGCACUGCGACGAGCUGGCCUGGCGCGGCAACCCGGAGAACAUCCUGUAUGCGUCGGCGGGGCGGUGGGCGGGGCGCGCGGUGGCCAUCGAUGCGGUGGUGCAGCGGCGGCCGCCGGGGGGGCUCAUGUCUGUUGAGGACCGAUCCUGCGAGCGCCUGACGGAGCUGGCUCUGAACGACGCGGGCGUGGCGGGCUGCCUGCUCCGCCAGGCCAUGCAGCCCGCAGAGGGCAGCGCUGAGCUGGCGGGCUUGCCGGAGACGGCGGCCGCGUUCCAGCAGGGCCUGAAGGCGGCGCUUGAUGCGGCAGUGAGCAUCAAGGGGCUGCUGGAGAUGAUGUUUGAGGUGGUGACCGAGUGGAUGGAGGGCUUCAUCCAGGACAUCGAGGCGGCGGAGGGAGGCCCGGGCAGCAGCGCUGCGGGCGGCGCGGGCCAGCACGCGCACACGCCGCGUGCCGCGCCGACCUCGCGCCGCGCGUCGUCGGCAGGCAAGGCGGCGGCGGGCGGGGAGGGCGCCACCACCGCCCAGACGAUGCGCAUUCGCCAGAUAAACCACGAGGCGCAGCACAACGACAGCGUGGGGGAGAAGGUGGCGCACUGGAAGGGCGUGUUCAGGGAGAAGGGCGAGGAGCUGCGGGCGGCGGUGGAGGAGUGGCAGCAGAAGCGCGGCACGCCGGCGGGCGGCCAGCGCCUCACCACCGCCUUCCUGGACGGCACGCACCCAAUCGUGGAUGUGUAUGAGCUCAAGGUGCGGCUGGAGCACAUGCUGCAGCGGCUGCGGGUGCUGCAGCAGGCCACGCUGACGGGGCGGCCGUGCCGCCUCAUGCCCCGCCUGUACCUGUCGGGCGCUGUGGAGGCCAGCAGCCACCACCUGCUCAAGCACCUGGGCAUCACGCAUGUGCUGAAUGCCACUGAGGACCUGCUGCUUCCCGAGGAGGUGCACGGGUUUGUGACGCUGCGCUGCCCGCUGGCCGACUUGGAGGAGGAGGAGCUAGGCCCUUUCCUGCCCGACGCCGCCGCUUUCAUUGACGAGGGGCUGGCCAAGGGCGGCGGCGUGCUGGUGCACUGCCACGCGGGCAAGAGCCGCAGCGUGAGUCUGGUGCUGGCCUGGCUGAUGACGCGCCGCCGCUGGCCGCUCAACCGCGCGCUCGACUUCCUGCGCCGCAUGCGCCCUGAGGCGGAGCCCAACGCCGGCUACCUGGCCGCGCUGCUGCGGCUGGAAGAGGAGCUGUUUGGCAGGCAGACGGUCAAGAUGAAGAAGACCAAGCCCGAGCCGCGCGUGUGCCCCGAGUGCGGAGAGAGGGUGGGCCUCAGUGCUGACAGCGUGCGCGUGCACCUGCGCUUCAAGCACCCGGGCUCUGCGCUGGCCAGGUCCAUCCAAGGCGACAGCCAGGACAGCCUGAGCGUCGGCGCCGGCGGCAGCGGCAGCUGGGCCGACCUGCGCAGCCCCAGGAGCCCCAAGAGCCCUCCCGGCGCCGCAGGCCUGCCCCCCGCCUCCUCCCCCGCCUCGGGCAGCGGCAGCGGCGGCGGCGGCGGCGGCGGCGUGCUGUCGCCUCGGGCCGCGCAGGGCGACGCAGCCACGCAGCGGCGGUGCCAGCCCCGCUCCCUCCACACGUCCGCCCCGCAGCCGCCCCCGCAGCAGCAGCAGCAGCAGUGGUCGGAGGAGGACGGGGAUGCUGUGGAGCAGUUCUUGGCGCAGCAGCAGCAGCAACGGGUGCAGGGGCAGGUGCAGCAGCAGCAGCAGCACAGCUCUGCAUCACCCACCCAUGCGCCGCCGCAUGCCGCCGUGCCGCUCAACCGCUGGCCUCUGCCGUCCUCUCUGGAGGCUCCCACGCUGGCGGCGCUGCUCACGGCGCCGGGGCAGGGCGGCGGGGGCUCGCGGCUGGCGGCGCUGGCGGGGGAGGCGGAUGCCGGGGUGGAUUCGCCCGUCUCCAUGGCGGCGGCGCUGCGGGGCGAGCUGGGCAGCGUGUCGCUGUGUGCGGGGGAUGCGGAGGAGGAGGAGGAGUUUCUGUCGGCGGCCACCACGCCGCACCAAAUCAUGGAGUCCACCCCGUGA